UUUUUCAUUUUGUUAUCAUAGAUAUGUGUUUUUCACAUUGUCAAGUUUACUCAAGCAUCUUACACGUCACGAUUUUUUAUAUCCUACUUUAACGUAUAAAUAAGAUGAUUAUUUAAUCGAUUAAUCAAUAUCUCAAGAGUUAGUAUGAAAAUAGAAGAAACAAUGGAUCGACUAAGCUAUAUUGUAAUGUGUAUCGAUAUUGCACUGAUGUGCGUUCUCGCGGAAGAGCUUUAUUCCGAUAAAUUUGACGAUAUUGAGAUAAUGGAUAUCCUCCAGAACGAUGCACCGCAAAAUGAAUAUUACAAUUGUUUCGUGAACACAGGACCAUGUGUGACAGAUGUUCAGAAGUAUUUUAGAGAGAUUUUUCCCGAAAUCCACUGA